AUGCCCGUGGGGGGGUUUAUUGUCACAAUUGCGGAUAUUACACCAGAAAAGAGGGCCGAAUUUUCUCAAAGACAGAUUGCCGAAGAUGCGCAAGAACACAAACAAUUACGAGAGCGAUUUAUCGACAUGAUUAGCCAUGAGAUACGAAAUCCCCUUUCUGCGAUAUUACAUUGCACCGAGGAUAUCAUUGAGGCAUUACGCGACAAAGAAACCCACAAAAUACCGCUUUCGUGUGUGGCCGAAUCAGCGGAAACUAUCAGUCUCUGCGUUGCGCACCAGAAGAAAAUCCUCGACGAUGUCCUUACUUUCUCGAAAAUCGACGCAUCGAUGCUGCUGUUAUCACCGCGGAGAGUGCAACCGAAAGUACAUUUUGCGGAUCCGAUUUCUCUAUUUCGGCCACAGCUGCAAAGGGAAGGCAUUCAAUUCAGUUACCAAGCUGACUUUUCUUAUGCCGAUUGUGAAAUUGAAUGGGUUAUGGCCGACCUUAAUCGAAUGGGCCAGGUUCUUAUCAACCUUCUCUCCAAUGCAAUAAAAUUCACAGCCAGAUCGGAGAACGAGCGAAAUAUUCGAGUCUCAAUUGGUGCUUCAAAAGAGCGGCCUUCUUCAUACCCUCCAAAUGUUGUCUUCUUUCGGUCGGGCGAGAAUGCGCUAGGCCUUGAUACGACCUCCCAGCCUGAGUGGGGCUCCGGACAAUUUGCAUAUAUCAUGCUUGCUAUCAAGGACACUGGCAUUGGCAUCAAUGAUCAUGCGCAGAUGCGGCUGUUUGAAAGAUUCAAUCAAGCCACCCCAAGGACGGAGGGGAUUUAUGGCGGCUCUGGUCUAGGUCUCAAUGUCAGCAGAAAACUGUGUCAUCUUCAUGGUGGAGAGAUUGGCGUCAGUUCGAAAGAAGGAGAAGGAAGUACUUUUGGUUUCUUCUUUCGAGUGCGCAAGAGCGAUGGUCUAAGUGGUGAGGGGUUUAGCGAGGAUAAUAUCUCGGAACUGGACAAGUUGUCUCAUGACAUCCAAGCGUUAGGCAGAGAGCUGGCAGUUGAUGAAGGAUCAACACAAGAAAUUCGGAUACCAGAAAACCCCCCGUUGACUCAUAUUGAAGAGUUAAACCCGGAAGCCCCUCUGGAUGAAAAGACGAGGCAUACAUACGAGAUUGCGCGGCAAGCAACCAUUCAGGAUAUUGAAAGUCAUCAAAGCCAGAACGAGGAAAGGGCCACUAAACGCAUACUCGUGGUUGAAGAUAAUGUGAUUAAUAGGAAAAUCCUGUCUCGGAAACUGGUAGCAUUGGGGUUUCAAAUCAUGGAGGCCAACAAUGGCCGAGAGGCUUUGGAUGCCUUCCAGAACAGUACGGUUGAUUGCAUUCUCAUGGACCAGGAAAUGCCUGUGAUGGAUGGUAAUUCAGCAACCAAGCUUAUUCGACAGCUCGAGAAGGGAAGUGAUGCACAUAUUCCCAUUUUAGGAGUGACAGCAAACGUCAGAGUGGCGCAACAGUCAGAAAUGCUCGAGGCUGGGAUGGAUGACAUUAUCCACAAGCCCUUCCGUACUGAGGAACUCGUUGCGAAAAUCAGUCAAUUUGUCCCUUCAACGGUUGAAAUGACAGAUGAAAAGCACCCUGAGACCUUUGUCACGUCGGACAAGGGAUAA